CGAACUACGCAUGUUCCGCUGGUUUCAACGUCACCGCGCCACGAGAGACCAGCUGAUAAACAGUCGAGUCUCACCGCCGAAAGUUCUUUGUUCAUUUUUCACACUCAGCUCCAAGCUAAAGCUACCAUGAUGUCUGAUAAGAUGAACAUGUCUCUGGACGACAUCAUCAAGCUGAACAAGAAAGGAGGCAGCGGCCGAGGAGGAGGAUCGUCCAGGCAGGGUGGAAGUUCGGGUCGGGCCGGUGGAUCGUCGAGGCCGGUGCGGAGUCGACAGAACAACUUCAACCGCGAGAGGAACAACAGAUCCACACCAUACACCAGGCCCAGAGAGUUACCAGACAAAUGGCAGCAUGAUAUGUUUGAAGAGCAAGAGCACCCUGGUGGACACAGAGGACUGAGUGCAGGAGCAGAGCGAAGCGUGGAAGACAGUGGCAAGCUGCUGGUUUCCAAUCUGGACUUUGGUGUCUCUGACACAGAUAUUAAGGAGUUGUUUGCAGAGUUUGGCGAACUAAAGAAGGCAUCUGUACACUACGACCGGUCUGGCCGCAGCAAAGGGAGUGCAGAUGUUCACUUUGGAAAUAAGGCGGAUGCACUCAAAGCCAUGAAGCACUAUAACGGUGUUCCACUUGAUGGCCGUCCCAUGAAAGUCCAGCAAGUGGUCUCAGACGGCGACACGCAGAGUAGACAAUCCACACAAAGUUCAAACAGGGGUUUUGACCGUAGCAGGCUUGGGCAAGCUAAAUUCGAAAGGAGUGAACGAAGCGAAAGGAGCGAACGGAGGCAAGGUAGCGGCGGGGGAGGUUUCAGAGGACGGGGAAGGGGAAGAGGACGGGGAAGUGGUAACAGACCCCAGCUUUCUGCCGAGGAGCUGGAUGCCCAGUUGGAUGCUUACAAUGCCAAGAUGGACACCAGUUAGAAGAACUCAGAGGAUACUGCUCCCUUCUUUUUUGUCUUUUUUUUUUUUUUUUUUUUAAAGAAAAAAUCUGGUCAAUCAAAUCUGAUGUAUCAGAUCUUUUUACACUUGUGUUUUGAAGCCAUUUUACUGUAUGGACCAUUCUGUUUUUAAUAUUUUCAGAUAUCUUUGAAGCCAUGUUUUCUGUUUAUGUUUUAAGUUGAGGAUUUUUCUCCUAGACCACCAGCUCCUCCCCUCCCCCAUUUUUUUAAAAUCACAUAAAUGGUUUGACAGACUGUUUAAUGUAUUAAUUAUUGUAGUAAUAGUACAGUCAUUUGGUAUUGUAUACUUGACAUAUGGGCAUAUUUCAAAGAGUUUUGUACAUAAAUGAUUAUACUGAAUCGUCUCUCUGGUGUUUGCAUUUAGCAGUUUCUCUUCCCGAGACUGAAAAGUGUCAUUGCUCUUCACUGUGACAGUAUUUGCAUUUUAGAAAUGAAUGAAAUCCAAAUGUGACUAAA